AUGCCCAAUUCACAGACCGACUUGAUCAGGACAAUAUACGACGAGCGAAGCGAGCAGUACGACGCCUCCUUCCACGGCCUGCUGGCAGAAGAAUACAUCCGGGUCGCGCAGCCACAGGACGGCGAGCGCGUCCUCGACCUGGCCUGCGGGACCGGCCUGGUAGCGCUCCUGGCCGAAGAGAGGGUCGGCGCGCGGGGCCGCGUGGUCGGCGUGGACAUCAGCGAGGGCAUGUUGAACGUGGCCCGCCGCAAGGCCCGGCAGACGGGAUCGAGCGUCUCCUUCAUCCAGCACGACAUCUCGGACCUGUCCGGCCUGGACCUGUUGCCGUCCGGAUCCGACGGCUUUGACGUCAUCACUUGCGCUGCUGCGCUUGUCCUGCUCCCGGACCCACACGGGGCGGUCAGGCAUUGGGCGGGGCUGCUGAGGCCGGGAGGUCGGCUCGUGACCGACGUCGCUGCCAGAGAUGUCCAUGUCCCCAGCCGCAUCCUGGGCAGGGUUGGGGACCGGCUUGGGCUGUCGCUUCAGUGGGAUCAGAGCUGGGUCCGGGAUGAGGGGUCUCUCGAGAGGCUGCUGGCGGGUGCAGGCCUCGAAGUGAGAACCGUAUUCAUGAGCAAAACCUUUCAGGUCCGCGAAUACACCAACGCUGAGGCACCCCAGGUCUUCGAGCAGGCAGUCGCCAGCCCCAUGUUCAGGAACUUCGGGGACCCUUCCGUCAGGGAGGAGGCCAAGAGACUGUUUGUGGAGAGGUUUGCCGAGGAAGCCGGGUCCGCUGGGAUAUUGCUCGAUGAGGCCAAAAUGCACGCGGAGGUACCGGCGACCCAUCACAAAUCGAACGCAAAGAAUUACACGCGGGGUGCUCGAACGUGGAAUCUGGCUCGUCUGUUACGCGUCGCCAAAGACGCGAUCACUCAAUCUCGCUACAAUGGGCAUUCUCAGUACGAGCUUCCGGCCGAGCACACCAAUCCCAUUGCGUCUAGCGAGCAGCUGGUGGAUGGAGACAUUGACAUGGCAGAUGCCAGCUCGAGCUCCAGCUCCGGCGAUAGCAGCGGCGGCGAGGACGCUCCAAGUAUAUUCAAGUCGCGAAAGCGUAAGAAUUCUGAGACGAGUGACGAGUUGCCACCAAAACGCAUGUCAAAGCGCCAAUAG